UUUACAUCAUUAAUACAUGAUUGGUUUGCAUCUAUUAGUACAUAAACUAUCAGUAGUAGUUACUAAUAAUCGACAUGAAUAAAUGGGUGAUGAUUACAUUUCAAUCGAAACCGGAACUGGAACCUCAAAUCUGAAUAUCAGUUCGGUAUCUUGUGGGCCUGGUCAUGGCAUAAGCAUUGGACGUUUGGGAAAGAAUGAUUCUGUAGCUCAAGUAGAACAAAUUCAAGUCACAAGUUGCCAAUUCUACAACACAUUGAAUGGUGCAAGAAUCAAAACAUGGCAGGGAGGGUCGAAUUAUGCGAGGGCGAUAACAUUUGAAAACAUAAAUAUCACCAAUGUCAAUCAUCCGAUAGUCAUCGACCAAUUUUACUGUGAUGAAGCUAUCGCCCAUAAUUGUCCCAUUAAGGUAAAUGUAACAAAUUAA